UUUUGCGUUCGUCACAAAGUUUGUUUACAAUUGAUAUCGUGCCGCAUGAAUUCAGUUUAAUAAACAAAGAAAUUGAUAAAAACAAACUUACAUGCUUAAAAUUAAUUUUGAUCAACAUUAUUGUUAGAUGAGCUGCGUGCAGAGCAACCAACACAUUUGAUAACACGCGCAAGGCGCCCACACUGCUAACAGAAGGCGAAGGUGCAUGUGAAGCUUCGACGGUGCUGCCAUGGAGGACUUCAAUAGCAUAAAAUCCAAUACGUCGGUGGUGAAGCUAGCCGCUUGUUUGGAGAAGAUCUACAAUAAAAUUGUCGAGUCCAAGGAGAAGCAAGUGGCCGAGCACCAAAUCAAGGAAAUCGAAUUCCUUAAAACUCAAUGCAAGCACGAGCACAUGCAGCUCAGUCUGAUGAGCUGUCAGACGCUGGUCCGCCUAGUCGACGAGGGUGUCCUAGAUGCCAACAGUGUACAGAACACACUGCUAUCAAUGCUGCCCAAUGCAGGACAAAUGCAUUUUGCUAUUAUAACGGAGACCAUUCUGGGCCUGCAGCUGUUGAGUCUGAAGCGCAAGACUUCGCUACUUAAGAAUAAGGAACUGUAUCAGUGUCCGUAUGGCUUGAAGACGCAGCUGCAUCCGCUGAUAUCAUUGCUGCAGCACACCAGCGCCAACAUGAACGAUGUCAGCCACAAGAUUAUUGGCAUCUGUCAGCAUCACGACCAGAAUAUUCGAAAUUACAGCAUCGAGUUUCUGCGUCCCGUGUUCCUCUAUGUGCUCUGCAAUCCCCAGACACUGCAGGACGUCAAGCCCAUUUGGACGUGUCUGCUGGGUCUGAGCCACAGCCGGCCAGAGGCACGUGCACUCAUGCAGGAGUUGCUGUCUUGGAGCAAGUUCAACAAUGCCAGCACCUGCUUGUGCACCAGCAUUCUGGUCAUUGAGGCACUCGACUACUUUUUGCAGCAAUCAGAUCACGCACAGUCGGUCGAUCUUUGCAUCUAUCAGGCGCAGCUCGUCAAGCAGUUGGCCCAUUUUGGCAUAGAUCCGCGUCCCAGCCUGCAGUGUCUGCUGCGUGUGUUGCAUGCCACGCGGGAGCACACGCGACAUCACUACCAUGUGCUGCUGGUGCUGCUCGCUGAGUGCCUGCACGUGCUGUCACCCUUCUAUCUGGCUGAUCUGCUGCGCAUUAUUGUGUUUGUGGUGGUGCAGGAGCGCUGUGGCCAUGAAUACAUUCUGAACAUGUGUCUGGACGGCAUCAUUCAGUGGAUGUCUCAGACUGCAUUCAUACCCGCAGAGGGCCUGGCGCUAGCCCAUCAAAUUGUUGACCGUGUGCUCGAGCAGCAAAAGCCGCCGCAGGAUGGCAACGUGGAGUUUGUAUCGCCCAUCUGUACCAAGGAAUUGCAGCCGGCACACAUACGCAACUAUCAUCCUGACAUAGCCAUUGCCUUUGAUCUGGCCAAUCUGGUGGAGUCAUUUGACUCAGCUGAAAACAAGGACGUGUUUGCCUUUGUCGACGCCUUGAAUGUCAAGGCAAACACGGCCUUUUGUCAACGUCUGCAUUUAUUUCUGCGCGCACUCUUUCUAUCGCGAGAACCGCCCGUUGACUGCUGGUUCAAGAUCUACGAGGUCAUUCUGCAGAUCAUCAAGGUUAACGAGAGCAUUGCCUAUGACUUCCUCAUGACGUACAUCUUUAAGCUCGCCCACGAGCACAAUCCGGAGCUGCAGCUGGAGCUGCUGCGCGGCCUGGCCAACUUUGCAGUGUCUAAGGAUAACGUGCCCAUGAUACUGAAUACAAUUCGUAAUCUCUCCACGGACAAUGCCACCUUCUGUGUGGAUUUGUAUUUGCGACUCUGGCGCGUUGAGACACGCACGUAUCCGUUUCUGCUAAAGCAAAUCGCACAGCCGCUGCCAGACAACGAUAAACGCUGGGAGCUGGAAAUAGCUCGUACGCAUGCCAUGCGUGAAAUCUGCCAGGAAAAACCCACGCUGCAUGGCUCUGAGCUGCUGCCACAUUUAAGCAACACACUGAAUAGCUGCACCGACGAAUCGGGUGAUCUUGCCACUUCGCUGGCCCUCGACGCUAUCUAUGCGCUGUGCGACAGCCACACAGUGAACAUUGCCUCCACUUGGCAGGCGCUGGGUGCCAAGUUUCGUAAUGAACAGCGUCCACAGACCCUGAAGUCGCUUUAUCACUUGUUUGGACUGGUGCCGCUGCUGCAAACGCCGACGCUGGAGUACGAGAAGCUGGCCGAUGAUGCCCUGGAGCAGCUGUGGCAAGCUAUUAGCCGCCCCAAUACAGAUGCCCCACAAGUGCGACAAGCACUUAUAGCGCUCAAAAACUAUGAGCCGGGAAACACGCUAAGCCUGCGCCACAUCCCGCCGCAGUUUUGCUUUGAUAUUGCUUUGAGUGGACCUGCAGGCGGUCAUGAUGUGAUGAACUUUCAGCAGCAGCCGGAGCCUAUUCCAGGUGAGGUAUGGGUGCAACUAUUGCAAAAGAUACGACCCGAAUGCGGUGAUGCAGCUGCUGAUCUGGUUGCUCAUUACAUUGGCAACGAGAUCAGCGGCUUUCGCAGCGGCGUCUAUCGUCUUCCCGAGGGCAAGCCGGAGCCACGCAAGCUGGUUGGUCUCUUUGCUACCAGUGCACUACGUGCGGUCAGCAAUUACCUGGUGAAUCAGUCUCGGUUUGGCGACUACGUGCCAGAACCAUACGCCGUCACCUAUGCUUUGCGUGCACUGUCCAAACGGUUCGCUAAGCCCAUACCACCAAUGGACUGGAGCUGCCUGACCAGCUUCUUCCACUUGUCUUUUGAUGCUCGAAAAUAUUGCAUAAUGAUAGCUAAAAACCAAGCGCUGCACAGCGGCACAGCUCGACGACUGCUGGAGAAUUUCCUAGCUGAUUUUGAGCCCAAUUGCUUUGAGGAGGAUCUGCUGCUAUUGUUCUCCUUGCUGCCCGAAAUAGGAAACAGCGUCAGCCUGCAAAUACUGAAGAACUUUGCCGAGAAAGUAGCUGUCUACUGCUUCAAGGAAUCGCAACUGAAUAACUUUGUAGAAGGCUGCCUGUUUGAAAAGUUCUUGGACAGCGUGAGAUAUAUAUACACCGACAAAUGUGAGAUACCCGAGGUUCUCGACGUAUUUACGCUUAUUGUGGAGCGCUACAUGGACUCAAUGGAUCUAGAUUCCCGAUUGUUUGAGCGGUAUACCGAAGUAGUGGCCGUGCUGUCUCCUAAUGCCAUCGAUGGAUUAACCACACCAGCAAAUUGGUGGGAAACACCUGUGGGAAAACUAAAGAAGGCAACGAUAAUACGCUGCUAUCUAGUCUUAUAUAACGACAAACUUCCAAAUCCCCUAAAAUGGCUAACGCCCAUAAUCGAUGCUUACGAACGUCGAUUGGAUGAACGUCCCUUUUUCUAUCGUCAUCUGGCCACCACACUGUACGCCUUUGCGAGCGAUGAGCAUGCAUGCAACUGGAUUAUUGAAAUCUUUCUGGAAAUACAAAUGAUGCUCGCUGAGUCUUCCAACAAAGAGAAACUCAACAGAGCGCUGUAUUUACUGGACAUUUUUAUAUUGGCUGUGGAUGUUUUGUCAGGUUGUGCUGUGCUGCUAGGCACUGUAGAUGUGGUGGCCACAGAUGAUAAGGAACGAUUUGCAUUGUUCCCAGAAAGCUUACAGUAUCUAUGUGAUCACAUAUUUUGGAAGGAUCAGGAGGCAAAGAUUUACGAAUUCCUGUAUAAUCUGUAUAAGCAUGCGUCCAUACCGCUAGCAUACGCUGCCAUUUUUAAAGAAGCAAUUAUUUGUUCGCGGAACAAGCCGUACUUUGAUAACAAAGGUGUUUGGACCAAAUACGUAGGCUUGCGUAAAUGAGAAUAAUUCACACACUACACCGACAAUUACAAAUGUGGCCCACAGCAGAAAGUGCACUUAUUGUUAUAGUUGAAACAACUUAAAUCCAUUUUUAUAGCUUGUGCGAUAUUUGUUGAGUUUAU